AUGAGUAUUACAAUGUCUGGCUUUACAACUACAACAAAUAUCGAUUCAUUGACAAUAUCAAUAUCAAAUAUUUCAAAUAAAAAAGAUCUUGUUAUUAAUAAUCCAUUUGGUCAAUACUAUGAUAGUAUUUCUGCUAUUUAUCCAGAAUUACCAUACAAUCAAUAUUUUACCAAUAUUAUAUCUGGUUCAAACAAAGUAACAAACAUUAGUGUAACAAUUGAAUGGUUUAAUCAAACCAAAUCAAUUCAAUUUGCAAAUCAAAAUUUAAUAAUGAACCCAUCAACCUUGAAAUAUACAAUUGAAAUGACUUCGUACAAUUUUAAAAGCCAAUUGAAUACUUUACAAUUGGUAAUGUCAACUUUAUUAGAAUCAUCAAAGACCAAAGAUAUUUGUUCAUCCAAACAAUUUGUCUAUGGUCGUUUCAUAAAAAGAGCUUUAAUAGACAACAAUGCCAAAUCAAUUGAAAAUGUAUUAUUAGAUUCUACUUUCAAUCCUAUUGAAAGUUCUUAUCAAUCUCAAUCUUUUAUUGGAAUUGAAAUCCCAAAUUUUAAAAAAUCAGCAAAAAUAGAUCCAGACUUUUCAGUAUUACUUUCAGCUUCCACGGAAGAUAAUAAUUCAAUUUGUUCAAAAUCAAAUAGUAGUUUAUCUGGAACAAAAAUAGCUGGUAUCGUCGUUGGGUGUACUGCUUUUGUUGCUGUAGUUUUAAUUUCAACUAUUUAUAUUAUUAGAAAGAAAAAACAAAAUUCAAAAUUUAUUAAUAAUAUGAAUAGCAAUAUAAAUAAUCGGAAGUUCGGAUUUUAG